UAGCGCGAAUUCCACAUACACACACACACAUACACAUGCACGCGCGCGCACUCAGUUGGAUUUCUGUACCCUAUUCAACACUCUUUCUGUUUGUAUUUUAAAAUAUCGGAGAUGUAAACUAUUGAUAUCCCGGCACACACUUCCAGAGGCUUUUAAAGGACCAGCGGAUAAAAAAAAAAAAACUCCAAAAGUUUUUACCCCCCAUUUUCUGGUCGGUGGUGGAGUUGUUUCCUCAUUUUUCUCAGUUUAUUCUCCGAUGAUGAUGAUGGUGAUGAUGUUGAGAAGGAGGAGGAUGAGUCUUUAUCAGUCUGGCAUGAUGCUGUGUGAGAUUUCUGUGUGUUAAACCGCUGCUCGAGUUUGGAUGAAGUAACAAAACCCGCGCAACCCGCACGCACCGCGCGUUACGCACAGCGCACUGAACUUUACCGGAGUUUGAUUUCUUUUCUUUCUUUGUUUGUUCUUGUAGUUGUUGCUCUAACUGAAAGACAGAGACUGUGUGUGUGUGCGUGUCGUGAUUUCUGCAUAAGAAGAUCAGCACUGAGAGAAGGAUGGCGAGGAGAAAACAGAGAGAACCCAGGAAAUCUGCAGCCUACCUUCCAAUGGUCGAGAUUAAAGACAAGCAACUUCCAGACGACAGUCUAGCGUUGGACAACCAUGAAGAACACAUAUUCAAUGAGGAAGAGGAAGAGGAUGCAAAAGAGUCUCUGAGAUUCCAGGACUCCCCUAACAGUAAUGGCACCAACCCUGAUACUGACUAUCUUUCCCCACUCAGUGACACCAGCGAUCAGAUCCAUGAUUUUAAGAGCAUUUCUUCGAAAGAAGGACAUGAAGAGGAAGAAGCACAGAGCAGAUCAGACAACAGCGUUCUGGAUAACCUGGCUCGGACAAAAGCCGUCUGCGCGAACCUGAUCUCCGAUGCCUCCUGGUCCAAUGUUGUGAUGAAUAUCAUGAAAAGCAGGUCAACUAUAUCCAGCGCAGCUAGCAUGAUGAAUACCAAUGGCAAUUACAUAAUUAACAGACCAAGCAAUCAUAAUCGAAAUGUCCUUAAUGGAAAUGCAGAAAGCAGUUCAAAUGGCUGCACAGUUAAUAACUGCAACAUUAAGGCUUCUAAUGGUGCCAGUGUAGUUUAUGACUGGCAUCAGGCUGCUGUAGCCAAAACGCUCCAACAAACUCAUCACCACUUAUCACCAGAGCCAAGCCUGUUCAGCACGGUGCAGCUCUACCGGCAAAACCACAAACUCUAUGGCUCCAUUUUGACUGGUGCUAGCAAGUUCAAAUGCAAGGACUGCAGUGCUGCAUAUGACACACUAGUAGGUCUUACAGUUCACAUGAACAAUACUGGUCAUUACCAUGAUGACAACCAAGAGAAAGAAGAGGAGAAUAAUGGCAAACACUGGUCAAAGCCCCGCAAGCGUUCAUUGUUGGAGAUGGAGGGCAAAGAGGAUGCCCAGAAAGUACUGAAGUGCAUGUUCUGCGGCCACUCCUUUGAGUCUUUACAGGACUUGAGUGUCCACAUGAUUAAGACUAAGCAUUACCAGAAAGUGCCUCUUAAAGAGCCCGUGCAAGGUUUGGCCAACAAACUGGUGCCAUCAGCCAAAAAAAGAUUCCUUGAUGAUUCCCUAAUUUCCCCUUGUUCCCCAAAGGCACUUCCAUGUUCCAGCAGAGUGGCUUCAGUGGUUCAGAUGAAGGGCACUGUUAAUCCUUAUGUUACACCAAACAAUCGCUAUGGCUACCAGAAUGGUGCAAGCUACACUUGGCAGUUUGAGGAACGCAAAGCACAAAUUCUGAAGUGCAUGGAGUGUGGGAGCUCCCAUGAUACACUGCAGCAACUCACAGCACACAUGAUGGUCACAGGUCACUUCCUGAAGGUCACAAACACUGCACUGAAGAAGUCAAAGCAGCUAGUGUUUGACCAAAGUGUGGAGGAAAACAUACAGUCAAUUCCAUUACCUCCUACAACUGCUAUUCUUAAUCUCCAGUCAGUGUCCCCUGCACUGUCUUCUGGUUCAGAGGCCAAGAAGGAAAUGGAGGAGGUUAGUGAACUUGUGGAGAAUAAGAUCAAGGAGGAGAUGGAAGAGGUCAGUAUGGAUUCCACAUCAUACAAGUACCUUAGAGAGGAAGACAUUGAGGAGACUGCUAAAGGAGGGAUGGACAUUCUGAAGUCUCUGGAGAACACAGUGUCCAGUGCCAUCAGUAAGGCUCAGACAGGUACGCCCACCUGGGGAGGAUACUCCAGCAUCCAUGCCGCUUAUCAACUUCAGGGAGCUGCAAAGCCAUCUACACUUCCUCCAGUGGUUCAAAGUGUGCAGGCAGUCAUCAACAGUGGCCUUCAAUCACUCGAUCCUGAUCCUGGAUCACUAAUUUACACUCCCCCCAGACAGUCAUUGCCCCUGUCCCUCAGGAACAAGGUAUCUACCAUGGAGGAGCUGGUGAAGAAGGUCUCAGGAAAGACCUUGGUAAAAAAAGAGAGGGAAGAAAGGAUGGGGAGUUCAGAUGCAGUGGAGAGUAUGCAAAUGGAGGCAAAUGGAGGUAUGUGUAAAGUGGAGCCUAUGGAGAUGUUGGUAGAAAGCCCAAACAAGAAUCAUAGUCCAGAAUUAGACAAAUCACCCACUGAUAAUGGACACAGUUUAGGGAUGGUUAAUGAUGAUUCAUCUGAGAGGCCUUUUAUCAGCCCUCUUAGUUCACUACAGUUAGUCGUGAACACACGCCUUCCCAAAGCCUCCAAGGUGGUCAGCUCCUCCUCUGAUCCACUCUCAGUGUUAUACAAGAUCAGCAACAGGGUGGUAGACAAAACUGGCCACGAUUCAUCAUCUGAUAAGCAAAAUGGGAUGCUUGACACAGAUUUUUACAAGGACAGUGACCAGCCUAUAGAUCUGAGAAAAUGCAAAAGCAGUACUGGUAGAAUUGAUAAAGAAAGCGUUAUCAACACCCGCAACCUCAAGGUAAUAAACAACAAAUCUAAUGGAAGCAGGCCUCAUCACCCAGUCUUAUCUUGCUCAGAUUCUGUAAACCUACGGGAAAAUGCCCUCAUGGACAUCUCAGACAUGGUAAAGAGCCUCACUAGCCAGCUCGCUCCCAAGUCCUCCCCUCCACCCUGCCUUUUAGCAAAAUCCGACACAGAUGGAAGUUCAUGUGAGGAUCCAAUGGAGACCUUUUCUUCCGCGCAGAAGCAAAAAGGUCGUCAGUCCAACUGGAACCCUCAGCACCUUCUCAUUCUUCAGGCUGAGUUUGCUUCAAGCCUGAGACAGACGCCAGAAGGUUGCUACAUUGUAACGGACCUCUGUCCUCAUGAACGUGUGAAAAUCUGCAAGUUCACAGGUCUCUUAAUGACCACGGUCUCACACUGGCUUGCUAAUGUGAAGUACCAGCUGCGGAGAACAGGGGGUACCAAGUUUCUGAAGAACCUGGACUCCAGGAAUCCAUUGUUUCUUUGUGGAGAGUGCGAUUCAAAAUUCAGGACUCCUUCUGCUUACGUUAACCAUCUGGAGUCUCACCUUGGCUUUAGCCUGAAGGAAAUGUCCAACAUGUCCCCGAGGUGAAUAAAGAAAAAAUGGCAUCUGACUUGUAAAGUCAUCAGAAGAUCAUCUGGUGUUUGUUACCCUACAUUCACACUAGUGAGUGACAAAGCAAUAGAUGACUACUGCAUGACUCAACGCAACUAACUAUAUUUGAAUUCAUAUUUUCUCAAUUUUAUGCAAAUUAGUUGUGAUGUAGCAAUGGGCAAAUCCAAAUUAUUGUCUCAACAAAAUUCACUGCACCAAACCAGCCAAUCCAUAUACUCCACAGACUACUAACAUUUCUUCUCAGGAGAUGGACAAGCCAUGCCUACAAGCAAAACUUGGAGGAACAUCAAUGGCUUGUAACUUGCUAGUGUGAAUGUUAAUGUGGUGAUAGACGAGCAGGGACGUUAUUGCAAUUUUUCUCCAUCAUCCAGGUCAUUUUGAAGUGUCUAGUGGUACUGAAAUAAAAAGAUUUGAAGAUGUUUCUGCGCUCAGUUCCAGUCAGGUAACCCACUAGCACUACACACUUCCUGCACUAAGCCAUCAUAACUGAAAUGAAAUUUACUUACAGUUCUAAACCUGCUGUAUCUCAUUUGUUUGUAUCGUAAAGUUUUGCUUUUUAACUCACGUUAAAUGUAUUUAUAUUCUAUUUGUCUGAUCGGUGCAUGUGAUGGAUGACUACUGAGUUUAUGACAGUAAAAUUUGGGCAAUGUUUAAAUGGAAUUUUAAAAAAUGAAAUAGUAUGUUAUGCGCAGUCUACUUUUGUAGAGGGCAUUUUGAAAAGAAUUGGAUACAAAUUCUUACAAAUUCUACAGAUAGUUUGUUGAUCUUUUGCUUGUUUGUGUCUUAAAUUUUUGUGAAAUUUUUGCA